AUGGCGUCCUCAUCUGACGCGGAGCUCCGCUCCCCAACACCCUACUACACGCCCGGCAUCCUCGACGACCGCGCCUCCUUCAUGGACGGCGAUGACCUCGCGGGCCGCACUGCCGCCCUCUCCGUCUCGGAUGCAGUAGGUCGGGAGGUCAGAAAUGUACACACCUUCCCCCCCACCACGUCCGUCUGGCCAACUAGCACACUUGCUCCGGCCUCCCCGACGUUUACCUCCCCGACGGCGUCGUACGGAACCUUCGAUGUCGCGGACAGGUCGUUCGACAAGGACCCCAACAUCCUCAGAGCUGAGCACGCCAGAGUCUCUCCGGCCGUGUACUACCGCGAGUCGCCGCUGCGCGAGGUACCUACCGCGACGCAUGAGAACGGGGAGCCCGGCGACUUGGCGAGUUCGGUGGACGCUGUGGGUAUCAUGAGCGCAGAGCACGGGGUGCUGCAUGCGGGCCACAUACCGGCUCGGCGCUCGCUUGAGGGCCAGAUCGGCGACACGAGGCUGUUGACCAACGGACCCCAGAUCACGUCAGAUGACUACCACACCGCCCCCGCGGCGCAGGCCAACAUGUCGCAGACGAGCAGCUUCCCGGCCGCCCACGUGCCACAGCUAACCGAUACCGUUGACAGGGCGCAGCGCGACAUGCCUUCUGCCGUCAAUUUGGCUUCCGAUCCCCAGCCCAUGACGCAGAUCAAUGGCGUCGCUUCGCAGAAUGGCUCCGUCACACACGCCCCAGGGCCUGCUUCGCCGAACCAGGUCGACACGGCUCAACAGCCCAACAAGCACAAGAUGACCAAAGCUGCCGGCGUCGGGGCCGUUACAGGACUCGCCGCAGCCGGCGCAACACGCGCGCUCAACUCGGAGCCGCAGUCUCAGGCGCAUGGCGAUUACUUUAACCGUACACCAGGUGGGGAGCCUCCACAGGCUCUGCCCGCGACACAGCCGGCGGCCGCCUCCACACAUGCCAACGGCAACCACAUCUCGUCUCCCGCUCCGGUACCAGUUAACGGAUCAUUCCGGCGCGUUAGCGGCCAACACGUCGAGGGCUACAAUUUGAACAGACAUCAACGCACGGUGUCCGAGACGACGAGAGCGAAUACGGCUGCCAACGCACAAACCCUCGAACGGCCGGAGAUGUACGACGCGCCGUCGCCGUCACGCUCAUACAUCAACGCUCCGGCGCCUGAGACGCGCUACCAACGGCCGCUCGAUGAGGUUCAGCGCCGCCUCUCGACCCAGAGCGCCCAGCGCGUCUCGCGGUCCGGCAGCACCAAGUUUGUGGAGCAGGCGCCCGUGAGUCCGCGCGAGCACGCAUCGUCACCUGUGGGAGCGGCGGCGGCAGGUGCCGCUGGAGCCUUGGGGGGCGCCUCUCUCGCCGAGCACGUGCACACGCCCCGUGCGGAUCCAUACGCGCGCCCGGCGAGCGCGCAUGAAUUGAGUCGCCGCUCAUCGGCCCAGCAGGAGAGAGAUGGGCCGUUCGCACGCCCACGACCCAUGAGCGCUAUGGCGGCGCCACGCGACAGCGCGAUGAGGCGCGACGGCAGCGGCAGCCUGCGUGGCCAACUCUCCCCAUCCGCCAGCAUGAGCGGUCACGGCCACAACCAGGGCCAUGGUCACGGGCGCCUGCCUCCGAUUGCAGACGAGGUGGGAUACGCUGGUGUCGGUGCUGGCACGGGGCUCGCUGUGGGCCAGGUCGCGCCCUUUGCCCGCCAGCACGAGAUGCAGGGGGGUACGCUGCGCGACGACGGCCCGGUACCCUACGACCGACCGUACAGCCAGUUCGGGCACAGACCGGAAGUAGGAAUUGGGGACUGGGCGGCGCGGCGCGAGGAGGGCCGCUUAGCGCGCUCUGGUACAGCACUAUCGCGCACAACGGUCGGGCGGAGCGGCACGACGCACAGCCGGCGCUCGGGUGCGUUCGGGCGCGGGGCGGGCCUGACAGUUGGCACGCAGCCCGAGGACGUGCUGGGCCGCGAUGACAUUCAUGAGCGCACCGAGGUCGCCGAGCGUAUACUCUCGCCCGCAACUCUGAGACGCCUGCAGGGGAUGGAGAAGAAGGAGGGCCGCGCGUUUGCCAAGAUGCUCAAGGCUGAAGGGAAGGAGCAGGCGCGCGCGGUCGGCGCCGCGCUCGCCGACCUGAAACGCAUGGCCAAGAUGCAGAAGGGCGCGAUCGAGAACGAGCGCAAGAGCCAGCGUAACCUUGCCAAGUGGACUGCUCGGGAGAACCGUGCCCGCAUGCGCUUCCUCAAGGAGAAGGAGCAGUAUGAGAAGGUCGAGGGCGAGCUGCGCAACGCUGAGAACGACUAUGAGGAGCGGCGCGACCACGCGGCGGGGCUUACGGAGCAAAUCGCCGAGAAGACACAGGAGCUCGACGACCUGCGCGCACAGAAGGCCGCUGACGACCGUGAGCGCGAGGUCAAGCUCCUAGCGAUCAAGAAUCCGGGGCAUGUGUAG